UCACAUCCGGUCCUGCUCUGCAUGAUGGCGGUGUCCAUGACAGAAGUAGCACAUUGACUUCAUCUGGAAGUGUACAGUUCACCCUGUUUUCUUGCCUAAUCCGUGGACGACAGCUACUAAAUCCGCGGUACUGUAUAUUCGAAGAGAUAAUGGCCCUUCAAAGAUUGUCAUUAAAACUGCGGCAGACGGUGACGCAUUCAAGGUCCCUUCACAGUAGUGGAUGUGGGCAUCAGCAGAAGGCUGUGGCUGCACUGUCAGACCCUGAACCUUUCUCCAUCUUCAGAUCACAGGAGAAUGAUCCGGCAUGUCAGUCUGAAAAACAUUUGGGACAGUAUUACACAGUGCCAUCCUCACAUGUCCGCGCUGUGUUCCCUCAAGGCCUCCGUGCACGUUACCCACAGCAGAUAAAAACAUUUAAUGAAGCAUGUGUGAUGGUAAGGCAGCCAGCUCUGGAGGUCAUCUCAUGCCUGAAGAAAGCUGACUACAGCAAACCUGCCUUGCGGUUUAUAUUCUAUGGGUGGGAAGGCAGUGGAAAGACAUUGUCUCUCUGUCACUCAGUUCAUUAUUGCUAUACACAGGGAUGGGUGGUAUUGCACGUUCCUAAUGCAUUUCGCUGGGUGAAAAGUUGUAGGGAUUUGCUUCCCUCUUCUUAUAACAAGUCUCGCUUUGACCAACCCUUCCACGCCACCGAAUGGUUACGUAACUUCAAAAUCAUCAAUGAAAGCAUCCUUUCUAAGAUAAAAAUAAAACAGCGCUACAUGUGGACAAAGAGAGAAUUCACUGAGGAGGGUAGCCUGCUAGGAGAACUGGUGGAUCAGGGCAUAUCUCGUGUGAAGAGCAGUAGUGAUGUGGUGGGAGCGGUGAUGAAGGAGCUGAGGCUGCAAAGUGGGCAGCCGGAGGCAGGCUUCCGUCUGGCUGUGGCAGUGGAUGGUGUCAAUGCCCUGUGGGGAAAAACCAACAUCAAAAAGGAGAAUAAGAGCCCUGUGGAUCCAGAGGAGCUCACUUUGGUUUAUAAUCUGAGGAAGCUGAUGAAGAACGACUGGAGCGGAGGUGCAGUCAUCACCACUCUUUCUCAAACACGGUUUUUCUACAUUUCAAAAUCUUCAUACUUGCCUCAAGAGCUGCUGGGAGAGAAAGGCUUUGACAGCAUGGACCCGUUCAUCCCAGUGUCAGUGCCCAACUACAGCGAGAAAGAGUUUGAGAGCUGUUACCUCUACUACAUGGACAGAAACUGGCUGCAGCACCCACAAAGUCGAACAGAGGAAGGGAAGAAAGAACUCAUCUUUCUAAGCAACAGAAAUCCUGCUGCUUUCGAAAAACUUUGUACUUUCUUAUGAAGUUGUGCAAAGUAUUGAAUCACACAAGUAUAGAAUUAUAUAUCAGUGAUUCAUAAACAUAAAAAUGUCCAUCUGUAUAAUAUUCUGUGUCCCGCUCUGUAAAUUAUAAUGGGUGUGCUACUUUGAUAAUAAAAUGUUGAAGAAAGU